AGAAUGAAUGGCGCAAAUCAGACUAUUGUGCUGGAAUUCUUUCUGCUAGGGCUUUCUAAGCAUCCCAAUGUUGAGAUUGUUCUCUUUGUGUUAUGCUUGGGGAUAUAUUUGGUCAUCUUACUAGGGAACUCCUCUCUCAUCACAUUGAGUAUUCUGGAUUCCAACCUUCAUACCCCCAUGUAUUUCUUCCUUAGUAACCUCUCCUUCAUGGACAUCUUUGGUACAUCCUCCUUUGUUCCCUUCAUGUUGGUCAAUUUCCUAUCAGUCAGAAAAACCAUAUCUUUCCCAGGAUGUGCAUUACAAAUGUACCUAACUCUUGCCCUGGGAACAACAGAGUGUGUGCUGCUGGCCAUGAUGGCUUUUGACCGGUAUGUGGCCAUCUGCAAUCCCCUGAGAUAUACAAUCAUCAUGAAUAUGAGAGUCUGUGUGCAGUUGGCAGCCCUGAGCUGGAUAGUUGGGAGUGUAAAUUCAUUACUGCAAACAAUCCUUGCUUUGAGGCUUUCCUUCUGUGGAAAUAAUAUUGAUCAUUUUUUUUGUGAAAUCCUGGCUGUCCUGAAACUGGCCUGUGUGGACAUUUCCUUCAAUGCUUUUGUCAUAAUGGUAGCAGCUGCACUGGUCACAUUGACUCCAGGGCUGUUCAUUCUCAUCUCAUAUGUGUUUAUCCUUGCCACCAUUCUGAGACUCAACUCAGCUGAAGGAAGGAAGAAAGCCUUCUCCACCUGUUCAGCACACCUGGCUGUGGUCAUCAUAUUUUUUGGAACUAUACUCUUCAUGUACUUGAAACCCAAGGCAAAGGAUCCAGAUUCAGACAAACUGAUUGCUUUAUUCUAUGGUGCAGUGACAUCCAUGUUGAAUCCCAUUAUCUACAGUCUGAGAAACAAGGAGGUGAAGGCAGCAGUGAAAAAGGCUAAGCCAAUGUGAAUGGAAGCAGCUCUUCCAGACAACUACAAAUGCUUUUAUUUUAUCUUGAAGAUUGCAGUAGCUGUCUCUG